AAAAAGAAAAAGAAAAAGAAAUAUCCGUUUAUUUUCUCUGCUUUCCCUACUUCUUGCCUUCCCUCCAUUUUCCCACCUUCCGAACAUGCUGCAAUUUUUGUAAUUUCCAACAAGAUGAGCACAGCAUACAGCAACCCUCUACCUAACACUGUCUACUCAUCAGCUCCAACAAUCCCUCACCAUGAAAAUUUUCCUAUCAUCACCUUUGCAAUCUCUGUAAAAGGUUUAAUAAAAGAGAAAUGGAAUGGUAGGAGAGGGAGAUUGGUUAAUUUUUCUCGUGGUGCAAUCAGAGCCGUCGAUGGAGGUCGACAGCAACAGCUUUCUCCAUGGGAUGAUAAACCCUAUGAGAUUCUGCCAAGUGGGAAAAAAUCAUACUUGGAUGAGCAAGAUGCAGUUGCAUUUCUUGAUCCUCCUAAAGACUUGAUUCCUCUGGAACCUGAGUCUUACAAUCCAGCUGCUUAUCUCUGGAAAAAAAUUGAAGAUAUUCCAGAAGAUAGACGUCAUAGAUUGCUGGCCUUGUUAGAACCUAGGCUUAUAUCAAGAGCUUGGCAGACAGCUGGUACCCGGUACGAAGAUCCUAUAUUAGCUAAGAAAAGUUCAUCCAACUUGUUAAAUUGUGAAGAUUGUGAAACAUCAGUUGAAUUUUAUAAUUGCCGAAGUAGUGGAGGACCUUGGCCUAUGGGUUGGUUGAAACUCUUCAAGAAGGCUAUUUUCCGUUGCAAUGAUGGGAAGACCUAUGGAAGAUUGAUAGGUGGAUCAUUAAUUGCUCAAAUUACUAACACGACUAGUCCAUUGUAUUUUAUGGUAACACAACAUGGGGAAGUAAUGUCAACAGAGCAGCCUUGUGAUCUAGCAUAUGAACUGGGAGACGGGCAAUUGAAUCUCCAUAAUUAUCCUCAAAGUUUUCCAACACCAGCAAAGCAUCCGUAUCCUUUCAAUGAUCAGGUUGUUAUAUAUGUUCGUCAUGUUGGACCUGGGGUGUCAGUGGGGCAAGCAUGGCAAGAAGGAAAUGAAUUGCAGCAAGUGCCUCGGAAGCUAUGUGGCGAGAUAUUGAUGGUUAAAGAUUAUAGUGCAUCCUUGGCACGUUGCUGAAGAAAUGUCAUGUGCAAUAUAUCAUUAUGUUGAUCCAUGACAAAGUUCUUAAGGGUACAGAGAGAAUUACUGGAAGAUAUGCAUGCCCGGGUUUUGAAAUAGACAUGCUUCCUGCCGAGGUUUUGAAAUAGACAUGUUUCUUGCCAGGGUUUCGAGGUAGAUAGUCUUCCUGCCAAAUAUUUAAUCAUGGAUAUUGAACAUGGAAGAGAUGAGAAGUUUCUGAAGCUAUCUUUGGCUUGUGGCAUUGGUUGCUACCAUUUAACUGAUUUUGAUCUCAGAAUGUGGUUCCUGAGACUCAGAAUUUUGAAUUUCUUGUAACAAAGUUUUAAAUGUAAAUAUUGUCCAUCCGUCGAAACUUCUCAUCAUAGUUGGCCUA